AUGAUUGAUAUUAAUUUAAUUUUGGAUGAAACUUUACAAGCCUCCUAUAAUGAUGGAAUAUUAGUAUAUUGUGAAUAAAUUAUGUAUUAUACAUAUGUAAGUUACUAUUAAGUUUAUAGACCUAAAAAGAAGUGCAAAUACUAUAUUGAAAGAAGAGCAGGCUUAAAUUCUGUGAAAGCUAAUAAUUAUACAUUAUUAAUAUUUUGUUAUUUUUAAACAUAGAAUAUUGAGAUAUUAAUUUAAAUAAUUACAAAUUUCAAACUAUAACAAUUAAUUUUGAUUUCCAUUCAGUACUUAUUGUAAGACUAUGUUGUGUUAUUUAAAAUAAGAAUCUAAUAUUAAAAUUACCUUCUAAGAUAAGGCUCAUGGUUUAUACUGCAUUUUCGGUAUUAACUAAAAAGAAGUAAAUUAAAAUUAAGAAUUUAGAAUUUCGAGUUUCUGAUUACUUUUAGCGGAUAUGCAUGUUUAGGAUAAAAGGUUUCAACAGUAUUUAUGAAUUUUGAUAAUGUCAGAUAUUUAGAUUAUGAUUAUAAACCAGAUAGGUCCUUUCAUAAAAUCAAAUAAUUAAAAAUCAAACAAAUAAAUUGUGAAGCAUAAAUAUGGACAAUUUUUAAUAAUAAUUCAUAACUUGUUUAUAAAAAUUUUCCUCAUCUGAUGCAUUCAAGUGUUUUUGUUUUAUUCACUUUCUUCCAACCUUAUUCUCAAGAGUUUAAAUUUAAAUCUCAAAACUUCGAAAAUAUUACAUAUCCCAAUUUUUUCAUUUAAAUUUUUAAAAGUUUUCUUUAGGAUUUUUAAACCACUUCUAAAAAUUUGAAUAUUUACGUAAUCACAAAUCGAAUAGAAAACAUUCGCAUUUUAUAAAACUAUAGUUUUGUAAGGAUAUGUUUUUUCCAAACAUUUGAUUUGCUUACUAUCCACUUGUUAAAUUAAAACAACAUGUUUCUUAAAAUCUACCUUCCAACAUCCAGUUUAUUAAAAGUCUGA